CCUACACCCACUUUAACACAUGAACACUUAUCAGCCAGCACAUCACACAUGCACUGAAACAGUACAACUGGAACGGUGGACAUCACAGCAAAGCUAACAUGUACUCAGACAUACUAUAUCCAAAUAUGCAAAUUAGCAACACAUGCAAAUUCACACACUGCAGCCCUCCACAUAUGUGAAUAGUCAUGAGUGUACAUGUGACUCAGUACAGACAUAAGCCAUGCAACACGUUAAAUUUGGACAAAUAGGAAAUUUGAGGUGAAUGCGAUAAAUGAAAAUAAACACCUUCUGUAAAGCAUCACUUGCAAAUUACAGAACUGAAAAGUAAAAGCCAAAUGGAUUAACUACUUUGUUUAGUUUUAAGGCUUAACAGCUCCAGGCUCUUUACAUGUGAGAGUGACAUACUCGACAAUUGGCUCAUAUCAUCCAAUUCACAUUAGUUCUUUUUAAGCAGGAGUGGAGCGGUGGUCUGAUGGUUCACAAUCAAGCAAGAAAUAGCCCAAGAUGACUCAUGAACAAUGUGAGAAUUAGCUGACAUGUUUCCUGGUGAGCACUCUUUUGAAGGGCAGUGCGUAGAGGUGUAACAUUCAAGAGGAGAGGCUGAAGUGCUAUUUAUUUUGCAAGAUAAGCAAAAUAAAUGUUUUACUGCAGUUACUGCAAAGUGAUUCAGCUGAAAGUUACAGGAAUUGGUGGCAUCUGGACAGCCUGUUGGAUCAUGUUUUGCAUGUGUAUCUCUACAUAUAGCUGUAUACAUAUCUAGUGUAUGAUGGUUCAGACAGGAGUUGGGAGAGAAGCUAACAUGACCACUAGGGUACGAGCAUUGCGCGCCCUAGUUGACCCAUUCACAUGUAAAUGAGUCGACGUAUAUACUCGUACAUGCCCCCUCAGGGCAGCAUUAACAGCCCAUUCUCUGGCUGGGAUCACCCGGCCAUCUGUCCCCCCAACGGGCUCUAACGGCUCUCUGGAUUACACACCGACCUCAUGUCCAGCGGGCUCCUGGCAUCGUCUGGGUUAAACUUCAGCAACAUGGCCCCCAUCCGCAACAACACAACCGGAGUGGACAGAGGUGAUAGCGGCAGUGGGAUCACAUCUGACAGAAAGAUGAGGAAACCUCUGGUCGAGAAGAAAAGAAGGGCUCGCAUCAAUGAAAGUUUACAGGAACUCAGAGUCCUCAUAGCAGACGCAGACUUACAGUCAAAAAUGGAGAAUGCCGAAGUACUGGAGAUGUCAGUGAAACGAGUGGAGAGCAUCUUGCAAAACCGGGCUCAAGAGGUGGACGCGGUGAACCGGGAGGCCAGAGAGCGGUUCGCCGCCGGUUACAUCCAGUGUAUGCACGACGUCCACACAUUUGUGUCCAGCUGUCCCGUAAUAGACCCGACAGUAGCCGCGGAGCUGCUGAACCACCUCCUGGAGAGCAUGCCCCUGAACGACGAGGACCGCCUCCGGUUGAUGCUCCCAGACCUGCCCGGCUCUAAUAGCACUUGGUCCCUGUCUGAGAGCAUGUACACGUCCCUGGUGUCCCCGGCUUCCUCCGGCACCUCCAUCGAUGACCUCUCCUCUGACCUGGAUGAGACUGAGUCAGAGCAGAGCCAGGUUUCCUCCUCAGAGGAGACAGACAGCCAGGAAGUGGUGCCCUGUUUAGCCUACUCCAAGUCACUGUGGAGGCCCUGGUAGAUGGUUUAAAUGGAGCAGCAUGUUGUAAACUAGUUUAACGGUUUGUGUUAGGAUGCUGUGUGGGGUAGGCCUCAGUACAUGGAACUUGUUAGAAGCUCAUUGUAAAAACCUCAAAUCUACAAUUAAACUUAAACGUAUUUAGUGGCUAAAAUAUGUAAUUAAGUCUCUUUGGCAGAGGAAAGUGACCUGUAUGGUCUGCAUCUGGAAAUGUCUUGGCCUUGCAUUGGCCUACCUUCAGUGAAGGGGGUAAAUGCACAUGUAAAUAUGUACUUGUUGAAUAUAACUGGGCUGUAUAGAAAAUAGGUGUCCCACCAGAAAUGCAUUGUUAGUCGUUUGUAAAUUAUUUCCUAUUUAGGAUGUCUUUUAAUAAUGUAUUUAUUCAUGUCAAGUGACUGUUAGUAGGCUACCUCAUCUGAUUUGUCCUAAGUUUCAACUUUUCAAUAAAUAUCUUUUCAACUAAUAA